AUGGCGCUCUCUGCAUCUUCUUCCGCUUCCUCCUCAUCAGGGGACAAACCAUCCGACCAAAAGCGCGAGGACAGCGCAGGCGAGGGAGGCCUCGCACAGUUGGGCAACAAAGAAUGGACAGUUCCUGAGCUCCAGCAGGCGCUCCACCGUGUUGAAAGGGAGAAGGUUCUGCUCGUCAGUAAAAUUCAAGAUCUACAACAAGACGCCUCGGAACACCGGUUGGUACUGGACGCCUUUGCAAAGGUGAAUGCUGACCGUCGGUGCUACCGGAUGGUCGGCGGCGUUCUCGUCCAGCGCACAGUCGGAGAGGUCAAACCGGCGCUGGAGGAACACAAGCAGAAGGUCGACGCAACUCUGGAGCUGUUGGAGAAGAACUUGGAAACUUUGCUGGCGACGCACUCCCUCUACACACGAAAGUACCUUCAACUUACAGGCCAAUCGGCACCACCGACUGGCAAAGAUGGAGCCGCCGCUUCGAAAGGAGCGGGCGAAGGCAAAGAGAAGUCUGCCGGCAGUACCGGAAUCCUUGUCUAA